UGGAACCGAGCGCCGCUCCGGGUAACGCCGCGCUGCCGGGGGCGUGUCUCUGCUCCGCGCCUCCCGCCCUCGCCCCGUGAGCCUCUCUGACCCCUCCUCCUUUCCGGAGUCCCGCGUCUCGGCCGCCGCUCCCAGCCCACCCGGGAUAAUGGCGACAGCUGAGGUACUGAACAUUGGUAAAAAGCUCUAUGAGGGUAAAACAAAAGAAGUCUAUGAAUUGUUAGACAGUCCAGGAAAAGUGCUCCUGCAGUCCAAGGACCAGAUUACAGCAGGAAAUGCAGCCAGAAAGAAUCAUCUGGAAGGAAAAGCUGCAAUCUCAAAUAAAAUUACUAGUUGUAUUUUUCAAUUGUUACAGGAAGCAGGUAUCAAAACUGCUUUCACCAGAAAAUGUGGGGAGACCGCUUUCAUUGCACCUAAGUGUGAAAUGAUUCCAAUCGAAUGGGUUUGUAGAAGAAUAGCAACUGGUUCUUUUCUCAAAAGAAAUCCUGGUGUCAAAGAAGGGUACAGAUUUUACCCUCCUAAAGUGGAGAUGUUUUUUAAGGAUGAUGCCAAUAAUGAUCCACAGUGGUCUGAGGAACAACUCAUUGCUGCAAAAUUUUGCUUUGCUGGACUUGUUAUAGGCCAGACUGAAGUGGAUAUCAUGAAUCAUGCUACACAGGCUAUUUUUGAAAUACUGGAGAAAUCCUGGUUGCCCCAGGACUGUACACUGGUUGAUAUGAAGAUUGAAUUUGGUGUUGAUGUCACCACCAAAGAAAUUGUUCUUGCUGAUGUUAUUGAUAAUGAUUCCUGGAGACUCUGGCCAUCAGGAGAUCGAAGCCAACAGAAAGACAAACAGUCAUAUCGUGACCUCAAGGAAGUAACUCCUGAAGGGCUCCAGAUGGUAAAGAAAAAUUUUGAGUGGGUUGCUGAAAGAGUAGAGUUGCUUCUGAAAUCAGAAAGUCAGUGCAGGGUUGUAGUAUUAAUGGGCUCAACUUCUGAUCUUGGUCACUGUGAAAAAAUCAAGAAGGCUUGUGGAUAUUUUGGCAUUCCAUGUGAACUUCGGGUGACCUCUGCCCAUAAAGGACCAGAUGAAACGCUGAGAAUUAAAGCUGAGUACGAAGGGGAUGGCAUUCCUACAGUCUUUGUGGCAGUGGCAGGCAGAAGCAAUGGUUUAGGACCAGUGAUGUCUGGUAACACUGCAUACCCAGUUAUCAGCUGUCCUCCCCUCACUGCAGACUGGGGCGCUCAGGAUGUGUGGUCUUCUCUUCGACUACCCAGUGGUCUUGGCUGUUCAACCAUACUUUCUCCAGAAGGAUCAGCUCAGUUUGCUGCUCAGAUAUUUGGAUUAAACAACCAUUUGGUGUGGGCCAAACUGCGAGCAAGUAUAUUGAAUACAUGGAUUUCCUUGAAGCAGGCUGACAAGAAAAUACGAGAGGGCAAUUUAUAAGAAAAGAACAUCGUUGCAUUUUUUUAGGAGAAAAACUAUAAUUUUCUAGUUUAUAGAAAUUAUAGAAAAAAACUAUAGCAAAAUUAUAGAAAAAAUUAAUUCUAAUGAAACUUACUAGUGAAUAAUUGCUUCUCUAGAUUCAUGGAUUAGUAGAAUAUAUGUACAUACCUAAAGACAUUUUAAAAUUAACCUCUUUCCUACUAUAUGGUCAUUGCUAGGUGGAUAACAAUCAAAUAGAUUCCUUAAAUGCUAAUCAUGUCCUAUUAUAGAGCUCUGAAGUUACUACUUCUAUCUCAACCCAUAAGUUCUAGACAGUUCAAGUGGCUUUAUUAAGAAUAGCUGAUAAAGGGCAAUACAGUUCUCUUCCUCAAUUUGAUCUUUACAAAAUUCUAAGGACAUGGUUUUUUAUUUGCAGUCAGUAUCUCAGAAAAUGGUGUGUAUCUUUAGCUAUUGAUGGACAUGUUCUGUUUUCAUUUUGAUUUUUUUUUUUCUGAAGAAAAGUUGAGAUUGAUGGGGAGGGGAGGGAAGACACAAAAUAAGAUGAAGAGGCAAUGUGAAAGCCAUGGAAAGGGAACUUUUCUGAGAACUUCUGAUGGGCGUCAGAGCAAUUUGCCAUGGAAAAAAAGUAGAGCUACCUUUGCCUCCAAAUGAAAAACUUAGUGAAUCUUACUUGGCUAUGGUGGGAAUCUAUGUGGGUCAUAAAAUUCUUUUAAUUCUGAUAAAACAUAUUUGAGCCACCCUAGUAAUCCCCAGUGUACCAUCAUUUUCAAAAAUUGGAAUCUCCCAGGUGAUAACCAUAACUAGUUUAUUUCUUAUAACAGAAUAAAUCUGAGCAGUGUACCCA